AUAUUCGUGUUCCCGCUCUAUGAGUGCAGAACAGUAGGUUUUUUAUGGCUAACCCAAAAGUGGAUAGAGAUGCUUUUCAGCGUCGUAUGAGAUUAAUCUACAACAAAUGGAGUAGCGCUGAUAGUAAUGAUGAUUUGCAUGGAAUCGAAUCCAUCGUCUGUGCAGUUGGGGCAGACGAAGCCAUUGUGUACAGCAAAUCUAUGUCUUUACAGAUAUGGCUUUUUGGAUACGAUCUAGGAGAUACUAUUAUGAUCUUGACCAAAACUGGCAUUCAUUUCUUGGCAAGUAAAAAGAAAAUUGAUUUUAUCAAGCAAGUGGAUACAAACAAGGAAAAUAACCUUGGCUUUCCUCCAAUUCAUACUAUCAACAGAGACAAAGUAGACAAGGAUAAAAAGAAUAUGGAAACUUUAAUGACUGUCCUAAAUGAAAGCGGAGGGAAAGUGGGGUAUUUCAAAGAAAAAUAUACUAAUGAAUUCUAUCAAUCUUUCAAGAAUAUGAUGGACAAGCAAAAGUUUAGUCAAGUUGAAAUUAGCCAAAGAAUAGCUAAAAUUUUAUCUGUUAAAGAUGAAACUGAGUUAUCAAUUAUUAAAAAAUCGUGCUCUGCCACUAUUGAACUUCACAAAUACCUCCGUUCUCAGAUUCUUGAUAUUAUUGAUGGAGAUAAAAAAAUGAAGCAUAUAAAAUUAUCCCAAAUGGUUGAUGAAGCUGUUCAUAAUAAGAAAUAUGUUACUUCUGUGGAUCUUAAUAGCGUUGACGUAACUUUUCCCACAAUAAUACAAAGUGGAGGCCGUUAUCAAUUGAAAUUCUCCAUGCAAAGCGAUAAGCAAUUUUUACACUUUGGAUCUAUAGUUUGUUGUCUUGGCGUCAGAUACAAAAACUACUGCUCAAGCAUUUGUCGUACUUAUCUAGUUAACCCAUCCCCUGAAACUUCUUCAAACUACGAGUUCCUUCUAGAAGUUAUCAACUUUCUUUUGGAAAAACUUGUAGAUGGAGCUAUUAUUAGAGAAAUAUAUACUGGAGUCAUUCAGUUUAUAAAACGAAGAAAGCCGAACUUAGAAUCAAAAUUAACAAAAAAUUUAGGAUUUCUGACUGGUAUCGACUUCCGAGAAAGUUCCAUGGUGAUUAACGAUAAAUGUAGUGCUGUUGUAAAAAAAGGUAUGGUUUUCAACCUUGCAGUCGGAUUUACUGAUUUAGAAAACAAGUCCGCCAAGGACGAAGAGAGCAAGAAAGUUGCCAUAUUUCUCGGUGACAUUGUUGUAGUAAAUCAAUCGGAACCAGCGACGUGUUUAACAGCCGGAGCCAAGAAAAAAAUAUCAUCAAUUAGUGUCAAAAUAAAAGAGGAAGAUGAGGAAUCAAGUGAGAGUGACGAAGGUGAAGUGGAAGGAAUCUUAGGUCGUGGCAUGCGUAGAACGAUCCUGGAUAGCAGAACAAGAACAGAAACAACAAAUGAAGAUAAAAGAUUAUCUCAUCAGAAACGUCUAGCUCAACGUUUAAAUGAUGAAGCUAAGGAGAGAAUAAAAGGAAUGAAGACUGGAAACGUUCAAAAGAAACUUCGUAAAGCAUACGUAUCGUAUGGAACUGACUCACUAUUUCCAAAUGAAAGUGAAACCAAACAUUUGCAAAUCUUUAUAGACAGAAAAUAUGAUACGAUUGUCUUACCUAUUUUAGGACUACCGACUCCGUAUCACAUUUCUAAUGUUAAAAACGUAUCCCAAAGUGUUGAGGGACAUCACACUUACUUGCGUAUCAAUUUUUAUUGCCCAGGUGCAUCCUUAGGAAGAGUUGAUGGAUCUAUAUUCCAUAAUCCAGAAGCCACUUUUAUUAAAGAAUUAACCUAUCGAGCAUCAAAUUUGAAGUCGUCUAUUGACUCCAGUAUACCGAGUACAAAUUUAUCAACAGCUUAUCGAUUGGUCAAAGAAAUGCAACGGGAGUUUAAAGCACGAGAACAGCUACAAAAAGAAAAAGAGCAAACAGUUAAACAAGAGGCACUGAAAUUAUCAGAAACUCGAGCUGCACCUAGAUUAAAAGAUUUAUAUAUUCGACCAAGUGUUACUUCGAAACGUUUAUCAGGGACAUUAGAAGCUCAUCUAAACGGAUUCCGCUAUACAUCUGUCAGAGGAGAUAAAGUUGACAUAUUAUAUUCAAACAUUGCCCAUGCAUUUUUUCAGCCGUGUGACAAUGAAGUUACGAUUAUUGUUCAUUUUAAUCUGAAGGAUCCAAUUUUUUUCGCAAGUAAAAGGCAUCAAGAUAUUCAGUUUUAUGCAGAAGUAGGAGAAUUGACAACAGAUUUGGGGAAAAAUCAGCACAUGCACGAUAGGGAUGAUUUAAGAGCUGAACAAGCUGAAAGAGAAUUGAGACAUAAGCUCAAAUCGGCUUUUAAAAAUUUUUGUGAGAAAGCUGAAGCUCAAUCAAAGGGAGAGGUAACAUUUGAAAGUCCAUUCCGCAAACUGGGUUUCCAUGGGGCACCUCACAGAUCUAAUGUUCUCCUCAUGCCAACCUCUACUUGCCUUGUAAGUUUGGUUGAAUGGCCCCCUUUUGUUGUAGCUCUUGAGGAGGUAGAAUUGGUACAUUUUGAAAGAGUACAAUUUCACUUGAAGAAUUUCGAUAUGGUUUUUGUUUUCAAGGAAUACACAAGAAAAGUAGCUUAUAUAAACUCAGUGCCAAUGAAUCAAUUGGAUCAUGUUAAAGAAUGGUUAAAUAGUUGCGAUAUUCAUUAUACUGAAGGUAUACAGUCAUUACAUUGGCAAAAAAUUAUGAAGACCAUAGUGGAUGAUCCUGAGGGAUUUAUGGAAAAUGGAGGUUGGACAUUCUUAGAACCGGAAUCGGAAGAAGAGGGUGGCGGCAACGACGAAGACUCUGAAGAUGAUGCCUACAACCCAACAGAUAGUGAAGAAGUUGAAGAAAGUGAAACUGGUUCGGAAGAAAGCGAGGAGGAUUGGUCUAAUGAAGAUGACAGUGCCUCUCAAGAGGAAGGUGAUAGUGAAGAGGAAUCAGGGAAAGAUUGGGAUGAGUUAGAAGAAGAGGCAAGAAAUGCCGAUAAGCAACGUGAUCUGGAUGAAGUUGCGCCGCCUCUUCCGAAAAAACAUCACAAGUCUCACAAGAAAUCCCCUGAAAAGAGAAAACGUGAACAUUCUCAUUCGGAUAAGCAUCAUAAGAAGAGAAAGUUAUAG